UUAGCAUCGGCAGCAAUGGGCCGGAGCGAGGAGAUGGAGCCGGAAGAAGAGAAAAAGAAGCUGAACGAAGAGUUCGUGGAGUUCAUCCGUAAGCGCAGCGAGACUGAUGCUCCUCGGUAUACCGCCAGGCUCAAGACUUAUGUCGACUUUCAGAGAAAGCGCGACCGUGCGACGGCCGCUCGGCGCAAUCACACGACUGGGCAUCACGACAAGAUCAUGGCCGCCAAGAAGAAACCCGACGACGAACAGAAGGACAAGGGCCUCGAGAAUGCUGACCAUAUCAGUGGGGACAAUGAACGUUUGAGUAGAAGGCCGCUGAGUAGCUCGGAUGGCACGUCUGAAGGGUCCUUCCGUCCUCUGAAACCAAGAUCUGGUACCACUGACGAGGAACUUGACCCGUUUUCAAUAGAGCCCUUCGUCGCUACCGAAUUUGGACUUGGAAAAAUACGUGAUGGAGACAAGUGUUCUCGUGCUCGAUCCAUGUCGCGGUCCAGGUCAGGUGAGCCCCUGGACAGGUGCGGCCGACGCAGGAAGAAGAGACGCCGCUCGUGCCGGCGUCGCCGUCGCCGCCGCCGCCGAAGCUGUAGGCGUCGCCGCCGUCGCCGGAGGAGCUGUCGGCGACGGCGCAGCCGCCGGCGGAGGCGGCGCAGCUGCUGCCGAAGGAGGCGCCGCCGUCGCCGCCGUCGUUGUUAG